AUGGUGGUUGACACCGACGAAUACGUCGGCGUGGCCGACUCGGAAAAGGAGCCCAUUGCCAUCAUCAACCCCGACAACCUCGACAAUGAGGCCGAACAGCUGCAAGAUUUGCCCAUGGCAAACGACUUCGAUGCUAUGAAGGAAAUCAUCUUCCCGCCCCUCCACGAAGAGCCAGAAAUCGUCGAAGACGUAGUCAACACAUGGACGGUCGAAGCAUGGAGGUCAAUGUCGAAGAAGGAGCACGGCCCUGUCUUUCAAGCCGGUGGCUUCCCAUGGUACGCUUCCUCUGCUCAUGGCCCCUUGCAGGCCUCAUCGAUGACUUCGCUGACAUUCACCGCCAGGCGCAUUCUCCUCUUUCCGCAUGGCAAUAACGUUGACCAGUGCUCCAUCUAUCUCGAGCAUGGAUUCGAGCCGGCGAACAUUCCCGAGAACUGGAGCUGCUGCGUGCAGUUCGCCCUCGUCCUAUGGAACCCGAACGACCCGAGUCUAUACACUCACCACACCGCACAUCAUCGAUUCACAAAGGAGGAGUCAGAUUGGGGUUUCACCCGAUUCCUCGAGCUUCGGAAGAUGUUCAACGUGCCCUGGGAGGGUGGAAGCCGACCUCUGUGCGAGAACGAGACCGCCAACAUCACGGCCUACCUCCGUAUCGUCAAGGAUGAGACGGGCGUCCUAUGGCACAACUUCAACAACUAUGAUUCCAAAAAGGAGACAGGCUACGUCGGCCUGCGCAACCAAGGCGCCACCUGUUACCUCAACUCUUUGCUUCAAUCCUUGUACUUUACCAACGCUUUCCGCAAAGCCAUCUACGAAAUUCCCACCGAGAGCGAAGAAAGCAUGGGCAACAGCGCAUACACCCUGCAACGCCUCUUUUACCAAUUGCAGACCUCGGAACAGGCUGUCGGAACCAACGAGCUGACCAAGUCAUUCGGCUGGGAGACGAGGCACAUCUUUGAACAGCAGGACGUCCAGGAGUUGUCACGGAAGCUCAUGGAGCGCAUGGAAGAGAAGAUGAAGGGUACCCCGGCUGAACACGUCCUCCCCCAGAUGUUCAGUGGUAAGAUCAAAACAUACAUUUCUUGCGUCAACGUCGACUACGAGUCCAGCCGUGUCGAGGACUUCUGGGACAUUCAGCUCAACGUCAGCGGCAACAAGAACCUCCUUGACAGCUUCAAGGACUACGUUCAGGUCGAGAAGAUGGAUGGCGAGAACCAGUACUACGCUGGCGACGAGUUCAAGCUGCAGGACGCCAACAAGGGUGUCAUCUUUCAGAGCUUCCCAAACGUUCUGCACUUGCAACUGAAGCGAUUCGAAUACGACAUCCAACGAGAUACGAUGAUGAAGAUCAACGACCGAUACGAGUUCCCCGAGAUUUUUGAUGCGUCGCCGUACCUUUCAGAGGAUGCUGACAAAUCGGAGCCAUGGACGUAUCAGCUUCACGGCGUGCUCGUCCACAGCGGUGACCUCAACGCCGGCCACUACUACGCGUUCUUGAAACCCGAGAAAGAUGGAUGGUUCUACAAGUACGAUGACGACAAGGUCACCAAGGCCACGAUGCGCGAAGUGCUCGAGGAAAACUUUGGUGGAGAAUACAGAACGCAUCCUGCCAACCCUCUCCGAGCGCCUCUGCAGAAGAAGGCACCGGUCGUGCGCCAGAAUAGCGCCUACAUGUUGGUUUACAUUCGCCAAUCGCGUUUGGACGACAUCCUGUGCCCCGUCACCAAGGAGGACAUUCCCCUUCAUCUGCGAUCAAGAUUUGAGGAGGAGACCGCUCUCAGGGAGGCCAAACGCAAGGAGAAGGAGGAGCAGCACCUCUACAUCUAUGUGAAGGUUAUCACGGAGCAAACCUUCAAGGCCCACGGCGGCACCGACCUGACUUCAUUCGAUGCGGAUCAUGCUGAGGAUGAGGGAGCACCCAAGUCGUACCGAGUACUUCGUUCUUCGACAAUGGAGGAGCUGGUGGCUAACAUUGCGGAAUCUCUUGACCUGGACCCUCGCAAGGUCCGUCUCUGGAUUAUGGUUAACCGUCAGAACAAGACUAUCCGUCCCGACCAGCCGAUUAUGGACCUGCGCCCAACAGUCGAGGAGUGUUUCCAGCGAGCGGCCGCACACCGAGACCAAUUCUUGAGGGUAUGGGCGGAGGUUGCUGAGGAAACCACGCCCGAGGGCGAGGCGGUCUGGCCUACCUACCAAGGACAGUUGAACGGAGUGGUUGUUAAAAACGAUCUCAUCUUGAUCUUCCUUAAGCACUUUGACGUCGAGGCGCAGUCUCUCCAUGGUAUUGGCCACGUCUACAUCAGCAAAGAAAAGAAGGUCGAGGAGCUGGUCCCCAUCAUCAUGAAGAAGAUGGGCUGGGGCGACAAGCUGCCGUCGGACGAAAAGAUUUCUCUCUGGGAGGAGAUCAAGCCGACCAUGAUCGAGGCCUUGAAGGCUAAGCAGUCUCUCAAGGCCGCAGAAUUGCAGGACGGUGACAUUAUCUGCUUCCAGAAGACGACGGAGCGCAAGGGCGACAGGAACAUCCUCGAGAAGCGUCUGGGACUGGGCGACAAGCAAGCGGCAGACGAGCCAGCAAAGAAGGUCGACCGUUUCGACGACGCGAGAGAGUACUAUGACUUCCUUCACAACAAGAAGACCGUCAAAUUCCACGCGCAUCCGACUCGCUGCAACCCUGAAAAAUUCCCUCCCUUCGAGCUCGUUCUCAAUUCCAAGAUCAGCUACGACGUGCUUGCAGAGCGCGUUGGUGACAGGCUCGGCGUCGACCCUACCCACAUCCGCUUCUGGACCGUCAACUCGGCCACCGGAAACCCAAAGACAACAGUGAAGCGCGGAGUCAACCAAAGUUUGCAGCUCAUUCUGAACCCCUCUGGAUACAACCAGCUUAGCUCAAGUCAACGGACGGACGCGUUCUACUUUGAGGUUUUGGACAUGAGUUUGGCCGAGCUGGAUACUAAGAAGACUGUUAAGAUCACUUGGCUUAGUGAAGGCAUCACGAAAGAGGAACAUUUCGACCUUCUCGUUGCCAAGAAUGGCAACAUUGAGGACCUCAUCCAGGUCUUGGUCAAGAAGGCUGGCAUUCCUGACGAGGCCGAGGGCGGACGGAUUCGCGUGUACGAGACCAGCAGUCACAAGUUCUACCGCGAACUCCCACGCGAAUACCCCGUCAUCAGCAUGAACGAUUACACCAACGUCUUCGCAGAGCGGGUUCCCGAGGAAGAGCUUAAUGAGGAGGAGGCAAACAACUUCAUUCAGGUGUUCCAUUUCCAGAACGAGCCAAGCAGGGUUCACGGCGUUCCUUUCAAAUUUAUGCUCAUCGAGGGCGAAAAAUUCGCAGACACCAAGAAGCGUUUGGAGAAGCGGACGGGCUUGAAGGGCAAAAGCUUCGAGAAGAUCAAGUUUGCCGUGGUCAAGAGAUCCCACUUCUCAAAGCCACAGUACCUGAACGAUGACGACGAGCUGUGGAACGUGGCGACGAACGAUGAUGACUAUCUCGGCCUCGACCAUGUCGACCGGACGAGAACAUUGAGGAACGGCGUUGGCGACCUGUUUUUGCGGUAA